GGAUGGCCAGGAGGACCACACUGCUGAAUGUGUGCUGCAGGGAUCUCUGUGGGGCCAAGAUGAAGCCCUCAGUUCUCAGGGUCUGCACCCUGAUCCUUUGAUUCCCCUGAGGAAGAAGUAUCACCCCAGACCGGGGUGACCCUGUGAGCUGCACGAAUUAGGACAAGGACUAAGGUUUGCCAACAGGGUAAGAGGAAAAGAAGUCUGAUGGCCAAGAUUUCACAGAGGAAGGAAAAUGACUGUGCAAACCAAUCCAGACCCAAGCCUGGUUUAAGCAUCUCAGUCCCCUUGAGGAUGUCCAGUUACACAUUCAAGAGGCCAGUUACUAGAAUUACAUCCCAUCCGGGCAAUGAGGUUAGAUACCACCAGUGGGAGGAGAACUUGGACAAGCCCCAACAGGUCUGUUGGCAGAAAAGGCUGCAAGGAUUCCAGGCCUACAGCAGUGUAGGACAACUUCUAAGUACUUUAGAUCUUGCCAGAGCUUUGCAAAAACUUGCACCUAGAUGCACAGGUACAUCCCUACCAGGGGCUGUGGCUGGUGCUGUGCAUGCCAGCCCCACAUGUGCCCUUGCCUCUUCACAUUCGGCAGAGAUGAUUCCUGGAGUGGGCCUGGGUGUCUCACAGCAUCUCUACAAACAAUUUCUGGUUACUGAGGAAGACAUUAGGAACCAGGAAAGGAAAGUGAAGACAGCAAGGGAGAGGCUGGCGAUAGCAUUGAUUGCAGACAGACUAGUUAGUGAAGCAGAGAAGGUGAAGGGUCCAAGAAGGAUGAACUGA